CAUGUAGAUGUACUAUGCGCAGUGCUUCUUGCCUUGUUGCCUAGACAAUCAUUUGCUUUCAGAGAGAAUGUCUGGCUCUCGCAAGGACUUUGAUGUAAAGCAGAUAUUGAAAGUCAGAUGGAGGUGGUUUGGACACCAGGCAGCACCCGCCGCUAACUCAGGCAGCAUCCAUCAAGACUUUUCAAAUGCGGAACAAAGCCUUGUGUCUGGCGGAAGAAAGUUUUUAGGUCCAAGUAACCUGCUGCUGCCUUUGCCAUCGCGUGGUUACAGAAGCAGCCAAGACUUCACAAAUGUGAUCCCAUGCCCAAUGGCAUCAAUUCCAGAGAUCACAGUCCCAUCUCUUGAGGUUACGACGGAUGCCUCAGAAGGAGCUGGUUGCCCUAAUAAACCAGAAGCUGAAGAUGGAGCUAGCGAGGAAGGCAGCGAAUCUGAGAGCACUUCAUGCAGGACAUCAAACAGCAGCCAGACAUUAUCGUCCUGCCACACCAUGGAGUCAUGUGCCCCUGAUGAGUUCUUCCAGUCUCUCAACCAUGCAGAGCAAACGUUUAAGAAAAUGGAAAACUACCUCAGGCACAAACAACUUUGUGACGUUGUCCUGAUUGCUGGAGAUCGCAGGAUUCCUGCUCAUCGGCUGGUUCUUUCAUCCGUCUCUGACUACUUUGCGGCCAUGUUUACCAGUGAUGUCAGGGAGGCGAAACAAGAAGAAAUCAAGAUGGAGAGCGUGGAGCCCAAUGCUCUUUGGGCCUUAGUACAGUAUUCAUAUACGGGUCAGCUGGAGCUCAAAGAGGACAACAUUGAAUGCCUCCUGUCUGCCGCUUGUCUCCUGCAGCUGUCUCAGGUUGUAGAGGCCUGCUGUAAAUUUUUAAUGAAACAGCUGCAUCCCUCCAACUGCCUGGGAAUCCGUUCAUUUGCUGAUGCACAAGGGUGCACUGAUCUGCACAAAGUGGCUCAUAAUUACACAAUGGAACACUUUAUGGAGGUGAUCAGGAAUCAAGAAUUUCUGUUAUUGCCAGGAGGAGAGAUUGCCAAACUUCUAGCCAGUGAUGACAUGAAUAUCCCCAAUGAAGAGACUAUUCUUAAUGCCUUGCUCACCUGGGUUCGGCAUGAUGUGGAGCAAAGGAGAAAGGACCUCAGUAAAUUGUUGGCCUUCAUCAGGUUACCACUGCUAGCUCCACAGUUUCUUGCAGAUAUGGAAACGAAUGCACUCUUUCGAGAUGACAUAGAAUGCCAGAAACUAAUUAUGGAAGCCAUGAAGUACCACUUGUUGCCUGAAAGAAGACCCAUGUUACAGAGCCCUCGCACAAAGCCAAGAAAGUCCACAGUCGGUAUGCUGUUUGCUGUAGGUGGAAUGGAUGCCACCAAAGGUGCUACAAGUAUCGAAAAGUAUGAUCUCCGCACCAACAUGUGGACACCAGUAGCCAAUAUGAACGGCAGGAGGCUGCAGUUUGGCGUAGCCGUGUUAGAUGACAAACUAUAUGUUGUGGGAGGCCGAGACGGUUUAAAGACUUUGAAUACUGUUGAGUGUUACAAUCCAAAAACUAAAACAUGGAGUGUUAUGCCACCAAUGUCUACGCACAGACAUGGCCUUGGGGUGGCGGUGUUAGAAGGACCCAUGUAUGCUGUAGGUGGCCAUGAUGGAUGGAGUUACCUGAACACGGUGGAAAGGUGGGACCCUCAAGCACGUCAGUGGAACUUUGUGGCCAGCAUGUCAACGCCUAGGAGCACGGUUGGCGUGGCAGUGCUUAGUGGAAAACUUUAUGCAGUGGGUGGUCGUGAUGGGAGUUCUUGUCUAAAGUCUGUAGAAUGCUUUGAUCCUCACACCAACAAAUGGACCCUUUGCUCCCAGAUGUCAAAGAGAAGAGGAGGAGUGGGAGUCACUACUUGGAAUGGGUUCUUGUAUGCAAUCGGAGGACACGAUGCACCAGCUUCCAACCUAACAUCUCGGCUUUCAGACUGUGUCGAAAGGUACGAUCCCAAAACAGACAUGUGGACUUCAGUGGCCUCCAUGAGUAUAAGUAGAGACGCAGUAGGGGUAUGUCUGCUGGGUGACAAACUUUACGCUGUUGGCGGAUAUGAUGGACAAAGCUAUCUCAAUAACGUGGAGGCGUAUGACCCUCAAACAAAUGAAUGGACGCAGGUUGCCCCAUUGUGCCUUGGAAGAGCCGGUGCCUGCGUAGUGACCGUGAAACUAUAAGACACGUGUGUUAGACCACCACAUAUCCAAAGAGAUUCUCCUUCACCACUGCUUCUUAUUUACAAGUUUAUUGAAAAAACACAAUUUUUAUCUCAAUCUGCUCAGAUUUAAAUACAUUUUAUCUGUACUAAGUUAUAUUCAAUAAUUUAUAAUCAAGCAUAAAGAAUGUAUCAGCUUUAAACAAAGAUUCACCUUCCAAGAUC